UAAGGACUUCCUCGUCGAUAUGCUCCUCACCACCACACCUCUGAAACGCGUGAGCCGGCUCAAACUCAAAGAAGAAAUCCGCGACUCGUGCAACUUCCACGCACACCCGUCUUCCGCCAGCAUCACUGCGUGUAAAAAGCGACAAUUAAGGGACGGCGCGUUCUACAGUUCUUUUCUGCGGGCGUGCAUGAGCGAGGUGUAUGCGCUGGAGGAGAGCGCGGAGAAUUUCGAUCAAGAUGGGGAGAGCGAGACGACAGAAGUGUUGCAGCAGGAGAUGUUUGCGUUGGAGGAGGAGAGCGAGAUUUGUAGGGAGUGGGACUGGGAUAAUGAAGAGACGUUGCGGGUUAGUGAGGGAGAGGAGAGUGGGUGAGAUGCCUGAAGCAGAGAGUAUCGAACGGGAGUUUUGGGGUUGCGAGGAGGGCUUUGCAAGUUGAUCGUGACUGUCUUGUUCGAGUGGAAGUGGGAGGCGAGACCUUGAGCUGCUGAAUGCCUUUAAGGGUAGAGUUGGGUAGAUAAGUGAC